CUGACUCUCUGACAGCGGUCGGCGGUCAGUUGUAGGUCUCUAGCGCAAUGCGUCUGUCGGUCAGCGUCAGUUAGUGCAAUGCCAGCGAGCCAUAGAACAAGCUGCUAAGCUAAGCUGCUCGUCUUUCCAUAAUUAUUUUUUGAUAAGCGCUCCUUUUUUUUUAACGUUGAACUAAUUAUAAAAACAAAGUGCAAUUUGUGAUAUUAAAUUAAAGCGAACAUGUGCAGUGUCUAGAGUGAUGCGGCUGCUGUUGUUGUUUUGGUUGUCGUUGUGGCUUUGCUGCUUGCAACAAGCGUCGUUGUUGCCACCGCUGCGUCGCAACAUAAUCAAAGUGCGUGCCAGCGGCUUUCUGCCCUUCGAAUCGGAUCUGCUGCUGCCACUGGGCAUACUGCGUCAGCUGCAAGCACAAGAUCGUGCCUCCAGACUGAUGACGCCCUACGACAGGUCGCAGCGCCCCAAGCCAAAGCCCAAGCCAAAGCAACAGGUGCGACUGGAGCGUGCGCGACUGCGCGAUAAUGCAGCUGGCAUUGAAAUGUAUAAUCUGAUUGAUGAUGAUGGCGAGCUGCUGCUGAAUCUGCGUGUGCACAAGGAGCAGCAGCAGCCACUGCUGACGGCGCCACAGCUGGAGCGCACAGCUUGGCGUCCAUCCAAGUGGCGACCGACGCCGCCCAGCAGCACGCUGGUGACAUCCAGCUCACCACGUCCGCUGCCGCUGCAUCAAUAUCUAAGCAGCAAUAGUCUGGAGCGACGUCAUUGGCGCUACGAGUAAAUCCAAUUCCAGUUUUCCAGCUAUUUAUUUAUUUAUUUAUAAUACACACACACACAAUUUUGAAAUACUACCCGCUGUUUAUCGCUUAUGGAAUCGCUUAUUAGGCUUAGGCUUAGGCUCGCCUGCAGCUUCCAACUGCAACUGUUUGUCAAUAGUUUAUGUUUAUGUUUAAUAAGCAUGCAUAAUUAAUAAGCAGCUAC